GAGACCGGGCCGAGGGGCGAGGGGCGAGUGUUGUUGUUUAGCUCUCAGUCAUGUGAGGGUGGCGGUGGUGUGUGUAGCCCUGUGCGUGUUAGAGGUAGUAGCAGCAGCAGCACCAGUGGUGGGGACGUCACUUCUGUUGCCUGUAGCCAUUUAGUGGUAUGGUUACUGUGAAAACGAUGAAGCGCUGGUUUACCUCCCUCACCGUUGUUGCCUUUAUUCUGGCAGCAGCAAUUUUCAACUGGUCACUUCUCGUGUCAUCAAAGAAACCCAGUGAUAUGGAAAUAGCAUUUGUGAGUGAUAAGGCCCAACACUACUCGGAAACUGGAGAUGAAAAACUUGCCUCUACAGCACAAGUCCCCUUUCCUUCUAUGGAUGUCACUAAUAUUAACACUUUGGAUGAGGCGCUAAUAAAGAUUCAAGAGCUGGAGAAGCGGUUAAAGGACAUAGAAUACAGAAUCCCCAAGAAAUAUCCAGAGGUCAAGUUCUUAACUUUCAAAGAUCGCAAGAGAAUUUUGAUAACUGGUGGGGCCGGCUUUGUUGGCUCUCACCUGGUUGAUAGACUGAUGAUGGAGGGCCAUGAAGUCAUAGUUGUCGACAAUUUCUUCACUGGGAGGAAGAGGAAUGUGGAACACUGGAUUGGGCACGAGAAUUUUGAACUUAUCCACCAUGAUAUUGUCAAUCCACUGUACAUUGAAGCUGACCAGGUGUACCACUUAGCCAGUCCUGCAUCCCCACCACAUUAUAUGUACAACCCAGUCAAGACCAUCAAGACCAAUACUGUUGGAACCAUUAAUGUUUUAGGACUAGCUAAACGUGUGGGUGCUCGGGUGUUGAUUGCCAGCACAUCGGAAGUAUACGGUGAUCCAGAGGUGCAUCCACAGACCGAGUCUUACUGGGGUCAUGUCAAUCCUAUUGGUCCCCGUGCCUGUUAUGAUGAAGCUAAAAGAGUGUCAGAGACAUUGGCAUAUUCUUACCACAGGCAGGAAAAUGUUGAAGUGAGGGUUGCACGUAUCUUCAACACAUAUGGUCCACGUAUGCAUAUGAAUGAUGGAAGAGUUGUAUCAAACUUCAUCCUGCAAGCUCUUACUGGUCAAGAUAUUACAAUAUAUGGCUCAGGAAAACAAACAAGGUCAUUCCAAUAUGUGAGUGACUUGGUAGAUGGAUUAAUUAAACUCCAAAACUCAAAUUAUUCUCUCCCAGUAAACCUUGGCAACCCUGAGGAACAUACUAUUACAGAAUUUGCUAUGAUCAUCCACAAGAUGGUGGGUGGCAAAAGUCACAUUGUUAACAAAGAUGCUGUAGAAGAUGAUCCCCAGAGACGUAAGCCAGAUAUCACAAGAGCCAAGCAUGUCCUUGGUUGGGAGCCCUCAGUGUCACUACAGACAGGCAUUGAGAAAACUGUUCGAUAUUUCCGCAAGGAGCUGAUGAGGUCAAAACAUUCUGAAAGAAAUUUACAUAUCCCAGUAGAUUGACUUCUAUGAUGUUUGGACUCUUGUGAUGUAAACAGUAUGGCUGCAAUCCUAAGCUACCGAAGAAGGAUAAAACAACCAACCUUUAUCAAUUUGGACAGUCCAGUGGUGAGAAGUCAUUUUUUAUGAAAUGACUAAUAGUACAGAAGAUUUCAGGUUACCAAUGGCAGUUGACCACAACGGAUAUUAAUAUCUAUUUUUCUCUAUACAGAAUAUUGCCUGUAUGUGUAGGAGUAAUAAUUGACGAUAUAUUAAAAGAAUUCCAAAUUUGACAAAUUAUACACUGUAUAUUUAUUAUAAACUGUAUAUAGUGACAUUGGAGAGUGGGGUAUUAACAAAAGCUUUCAGUACAAAUAGGAGAAGAAACGUAGAGUUAACAUACAAGUUGUCUAUGAAUCAUUGUUAGGUUUUAGUGAUUGGAAAGGGGUUGGUUUUCUAGCCCUUUGUGUGAGGUCGUGUAGGCUUCAUGCAUUGUGGUGUCAAGCAGCAACAAGUGAACAAGAACCUUAGGUAGCAGGUGGCAUUAGUGAGGAUGGUGAAGCAGCUCUGUCCCAAACUAAUAAAUGAGGUCAUGAUGAUCGGAGAGAGCCAGUGGACCGAGUGCCACUUGAUUGGAUUUUGUGAGCACUAUGACAUUCAUCCAGAGAUCUAUUGCCUCAUUUCACUAUAAACAAAGAUACGUUGGGAGCACUGUAUUUCACUGGUGUUGCAAGAGGGAAUUACUCGUGGGAAGUUAAACAUUAGCCAUGAAAUUCAGUACUGCAGUGUUUCUAUUGAGCAUUGUCUUGAUAGAUCUUAUGUGCUGUUAAACACUUAAUUCCUUUUUUGAUUGAAAUUAUCACUUUUAUAUCAGUCGCAGAUUGGAAAGGAUGAACUUGCUACUGCUACCAAAUCAACACAUUCUUACCUCAGAGUGCAUGUGUGUGAAGUAAUGUCUUUGGCAGCUGGUAAUGAAUAAGGCCACUGUGCUUGAAUUUAUCAGUAGAGCAUUUCAAUAUGUUUAUUUUUAAGUUUAAUCAAUGGGAUAUUUUUUAAGCUUAAAUGGUUGUGUUUCCCUUACAGUAUUAGUAGAAUUGAUAUGUUAUUCAAUGGUUCUGAAUUUAAUAUGUUACUCCUUACCUUUCCUUGGAGGAUACCACUCACCAUAGUAUGAAGUUAUAUUUAAUUUUUGUAAUUUUGGGUUAAGAAAACUUAUAUAUGAGCAUAGCAUUUUUGUACAGUAUCUACUCCAUUGUGAAUAUAAUAGUUAGUCGAGAUUAAUUUUAUGAUUAUUUAAGUCACUGGUUUAUAUAUGAUUUUUGUUUUCUAAUAAAAAUUUUAAUUUGA